UCGUGAUGAGUCAUCGGAAACAACACGACUUCUUUCACUUUCGCACCCUUGCCAGUCUGUGAAGUCUCAACAACGUCUACACCCUUUCAAGACUCAUAAGAGCUGUAUUUUCCAAGAAUUCUAACUCACGAGACCUGUCGAAGAUCAGAGAGAUGGCUGACCAAGAAAAGUUGUUGCCGGAAGGAAAAGAAUGGCGUUUGCAGAAUGUGCUGUGGAAUGACGAAGAACGAGAGAGACGGAAGCAGAUCGUAGCCGGGUACAAACCCCCCACCAACUCAUCCGUGAGUCAGGUAAACAUCCAGCUGUACGGCCAGGUGGGUUCUGGGAAGUCCAGUUUCCUCAACACCAUCAACUCUAUCUACAAGGGCCGCGUCUCCGCUCAGGCAAUGACGGGGAACCAGCCCACUAGCCUCACUAGGAAGUACCGUCCGUAUGAGGUGCGUGCAGAGCCGGAUGGGGAGGCCCUGUGCUUCCGUCUGUGUGACACCAUGGGGCUGGAGGAGGCGAACACCGGGCUGCAUCUGGACGAUCUGUCCUACCUGCUGGACGGGAACGUACCGGACGGAUAUCAAUUCAACGCGGAUGUUAGGAUCUCCCCGGCCACCCCCGGCUUUAAGAGCACGGUCAGUUUGAAGGAUCGCACCCAUUGCGUGGUGCUGGUUAUGGAUGCCGGCAAAAUCAGUGUCAUACCACAGGACACCGUCGACAAGCUCAAAGCCAUCUACAGAAAGGCACUGGAUCGGGAAAUCCCCACAGUGAUCUUGCUGACUAAGAUAGACAAGGCGUGUGAACAUGUUGCCGAUGACCUCUCCCUGGUGUUCCGCAGUAAGUUCAUUCUGGAGAAGGUGGGUUUGAUACGUCAUUGCCUCUGGGUACGGAGGUUUUCUGUUUUUGAUGUGCCUGUAUGGGUGUGUGUUCUUUUCUGUUUCUAG